CCAUAUCUGAGGUCAUUUCAAAUCCAGAAGUUCCAAGCAUAGAGAACAUCUGUGUUAGAGGGUAGACAAAGACCUGAGCAGCUCGGAAGACAAGCAACGGAAAAGCAAAUGGAAGGAGAGAGAGAACAGUGACAGCAGAUAUAUUCAUCGAACGAUUGUCUGAAGUGAAAUCAUCCUGCCUGCUCAAGGGAGUGAGGGGCACAGGGUGAGAGGUGGGCGGAUGCACACUCUCUACUCUCUUGCCCUGCGUUUUUGUUGCCCCUUCCGCCAACUUCGUCGCUCCUCUCCACCACCACAACCUCUCAUUCCAUCAUCUGUGCCUGCUUCAGGCGCAAGUACCUCGUGGUGUGUCUGUGGCAUGGAGAAAGAGAGGGAGGAUGAAGAGACGGAGGGGAGGGAGAGACCAGAGCCGCUGACGGAUGUGGAGCGGGGCAUCAUUCAGGACACCUGGGCGCGUGUUUACGAGAGCUGUGAGGAUGUGGGCGUCACUAUACUGAUCAGAUUCUUUGUGAACUUCCCCUCAGCAAAGCAGUACUUCAGUCAGUUCCAGGACAUGGAAGAUCCAGAGGAGAUGGAGAAGAGCUCUCAGUUGAGAAAACAUGCCCGCCGUGUCAUGAACGCCAUCAACACAGUUGUGGAGAACCUUCAUGACCCAGAGAAGGUUUCAUCUGUUCUGGGGCUAGUGGGAAAAGCACAUGCACUCAAAUACAAAGUGGAGCCAAUGUACUUCAAAAUCUUAAGUGGGGUUAUUCUGGAGAUACUUGAGGAGGAUUUCGGAGAGUGCUUUACCCCAGAAGUGCAGACAUCCUGGACCAAACUGAUGGCAGCAUUGUACUGGUAUAUCACAGGGGCCUAUACUGAGGUGGGGUGGCUCAAACUCUCCAGCUCAGCGGUCUGAGAUUAGGCAUUCAUUCCCACUGCACAUGAACACUGGUUGUAACCCAUCAGCUUGGCUAGCCAAAGGACUGACUUAAGAGGAAAAAGAUACUUAGAAUAGAAUUAGAAAGAAGUUUUCCAUCAUAUGCAUCAUUCUCUUUCACCUUGUUUUAUAAAUGUUUAGUAUAUAUAACUCGAACCUCUAAGAUGUUGUCUGUGUUGUCUAGUGUAAUGUGCAUGUGUGUCUUUUAGGCUUGUGUUGCAAUAUGUAUUUGAAAACAAAUUACAGUUGAACACAUCACAGUUCAUUAUAAUGUUACACCUGAAUUUCAAUACCUACUAAAGACCAAUGAAAAUAAAUAGCAUAAACCUGCUGUUUGUUUGUCAACUUUAUCAAGACAAAAGUGUUCUCCAAAAUGCAAACCACACAAAAGUCUUGAUUGUUCAGUACUUUACUCAUGUUAAUUGAAUCUAACCUUUUUGUUGCUUCUCACAUAUUAGAGGCAUAAAGUAAUAAAAUAGCAUAUUCAAGAGGUGACCCAGUAUUCUCAGAUCUGCAGUUUAACCCACUGGUAUUGUUCAUUGGGAGUCA